AUGGUCAACAGAGCUAUCCUGGAGCCAGCCAUUCCAACAUGCGCCAUCCUGGCCCUGCUCCUCGCGAUUCCCCCUCUGAUAAACCAGAUUCGAGCCAAAAACUUCGCCACCAUAAUCUUUGUCGCUAGCCUAGCACUUCUUGACAUCAGACAUGCUGUCAAUGCAUUCGCUUUCUACGGAACCCGCUCGGACACGUGGGAUGCACCAGCCCUCUGCCAAGUCGACAUCAGAGCCCGGUUCGCGCUCUAUGUUGCUAUCCACGGUGCAAAUGCUUGCAUCUUCCGCCAGCUUUCUUCCGCCAUGCGCACCGACCGGAUUGGAGCGGCGAAGACAAGAUGCGAGAAGAUCACAUUGUGGGCUUUUGAUAUCGCCUUGUGUGUGGCACUUCCGGUCAUCAACAUAGCCAUACUCCAACUGGCGAUCAGCUCGCAGUAUACCAUCAUACCCGUGAUUGGCUGCCUCGCCCGGUUACCUGUUGCAUGGAAGACAGUGCUCGUCACUACAGUUGUGCUGAGCAUCGACAUUGUUAUCUCAGCGGUAUUUCUCGGCAUUAUCAUAUGGCGUCUGUUCCGACACCGCUUGCAAGUGGACAGCCUUGUGCUGACAUCGUCUGCCAGCAAGCGCCGCUUUACUCGUCUCUGCUUCCUAGCUGUGGCAGGCUUUCUCGCCGACAUGACUUCCAUUGGGCUCAGACUGAGCAGUUUCACUGAUCAGCCAUUCGUUCCUUUUGCGUUGCCUGAGGGGAUGGUCGAUCUGCCUGGCCAAACAGCGAGAUGGAGUUUGGAAGGUCAGCAAUAUGAGAUAGUCCGAGUCAUCGUUGACAUUGUGAUGAGCUACCUUGCCUACUGGAUUUUGGGCCUCGAUAAGCAAGUCACGGAUGUCUGGCGGUGGUGUGUGGCCUUCCAGAUUGGACUUCGCGAACACACAUCCGGGCGAGAUGAGCACCACGCAGAGCAAGGCCGAGUUCAACGAGGCGUAACAACGAUCGUCAAUUAG